GAGUUGACAGUCCCGCAUCAUAACAUUUCGCUUUCGCGCUAAUUUCUGCUAAACAAUAAUCCGCAAUUGCAAUUUGCAAUGAAAAUGUCGCUUAAAAAGGCUCUCGACGAUUGCCUGAUCGAUUUCGAUCGCUGUGUGCUGGUCACCGAUCUCCUGGAGGAGUACAAACUGCCCUACAAGGAGGUGAACGCUGUGCUGGAGGCCUACAUCAAAAAGCAGGAGCCCAAAACGAAGUUCGAGAAGAGAUUUUUGGUUCACGGCAAGCGUAAAACGCAAGGAUCUGGUGAUUCUAGUGAAGAUCUGUAUUCCGUGGUUAAGGAGAGCAGGCUGGAGGAUUGGCUAUCCAAGGUUCAGGAUGCCGAAACGCAGCUAUACAGCGUGGAAAUCGCCGGGGGCUCCAAAUCGCCGGCGGCAAUUUUCAAGCCCAUGCAACAUUUGGAGGUGAAGUUGGCCAAAGUGGAGCAGCGUCCAGGAGCGGGCAAGACUGCACCCAUUGCAAAUGGUGUGCCUUCCACCAAUGGCGUCAAAUCGGAGUCCUUCAAGUCUUCGGUUAAAGUGGAGCCUUCAAAAUCCUCGCUCAAAACAGAACCAGCAAAGUCAGAGCCCGAAAAACCAGCAGUCAGUAAGGAAAAACCAUCUCCGGAAACCAAAAAGACCUCUCCAAAGGAGCAGGCCUCAAAGGGCAAGCCUGCAGCAGCCAAAAAGGGUAGCAUCAAUAGCUUCUUCACAGCAGCGGCCAGCAAACCAAAGGAUGUCAAGGCCACGCCCAGCAAAGCAGCUGCGGCGCCCAGCACCAUGGACAACUUCUUCAAGAAGCAGCCGCCCGGCGCCAAGAAGUCGCCACCCGAAAAGGAGGACAAAAUCAAGAAAGAAUCACCAGCUGCUGCUAAAAAGGAAUCAUCCAAGAAGAAGUCACCCAGUCCCAGUAGGAAACCCACAGCGGCAAACACGUCAGUGCAACUUUUCGACGAGGAAAGCGCAGAAUCCUCCGACGAGGAGGAGAAGCUGGACAAACUGCGACGCCAUGUGGUAGGAUCGGACAACGAGUCCGAUCUGGAGAAGCCCACCACCUCGAAGCGGCGACGAAUCAGCGACUCCGAGGACGAGGAGCAGCCGCCCAAGAAGGCAGCCGAACAAGAAGUUGUCACAGUGGACGAUGAAAUGGACACGGAGCCGGUCAACGAAACGUAUUUGGAUGACGAUGGUUUUGUCAUCACGCAGCGCAAGCCCGUAAAACACACACAGCCCGCCAAGAAGAAGGUUUCUCCCAAGGCAACAGCCCCUGUCAACAAAAAGAAAUCGCCUCCUUCGGCCGGAAAAGCUGGAAAGGAUGGGUCCAAAACCAAGCAGGCCGACAUCAUGAGCUUCUUUUCCAAGAAGUGAAUUAAAAGCAUGCAGGAGUUGUACUAAAGGCCAUGCACUAAUAAUAACGUGAUGUCCUGACUUAC